AUGGUCCGAAACCUCUUUGGUUCGGCGGCGGUCGGGCCUGAGAUAGCGGCGCGCAACGCCGACCGCAUCAUCGACCUCGAGCGGUGGCUAGGUCUGUAUAUCGAGGCCGACGUGCAAGAGGCCUUCAUCGGCUGGACCGCCUUUAUCCAAUUCUGGAACCUCUUCUACGGCCUCUUCCACUUCCUGGUCACCUUCACCGCCCUGAUCUGGGUCUAUGUGCAGUUUCCCGAUCGGUAUCGCUUUUGGCGCAGGGCUGGCUUGGUAGCCACGACCUCGGCGCUCGUCGGAUUUGCCGCGUUCCCCCUCAUGCCGCCACGGUUGCUUGGAGACUGCGGAACCUAUGGCGCCUGUCGUGCAGGUGAGCGAUUUGUGGACACCGUUCUCGAUGUCGGUGGCAUUUGGUCGUUCGAGUCAUCGGGCUUGGAGGCUGUCUCCAACCAGUAUGCGGCGAUGCCGAGCCUGCAUAUCGGUUGGGCCCUGUGGUGCGCGUUGAUGCUCGUUCCCUUGCUCACCUCGACGUGGGCCAAGGCUUUGGCCGCCGUGUACCCAGUGCUGACCCUGUUCGCCAUCGUGGUGACCGCGAAUCACUACUGGAUCGAUGGGGUCGGCGGGGCCGUUGUCGUGGCAUUCGGCCUCGCCGUCAGCCGGAGAUGGGACGCUGUAGUGCGGCCUUGCACGCUGCUAGCGUGGGCGGUGGUGUUGUUAAACCAGAUCACGCAGCCAGCAGACCUGCGUCGGUUGUCGAUGCGCCAGCUCGACGAGCUGUGCCAAGAGCUGCGCGACACCAUCUUGGCUGCGGUUGCAGAACAAGGUGGCCAUCUCGGAUCAAACCUCGGCAUUGUUGAGCUGACGGUUGCGCUCCAUCGCACUUUUGAUUCGCCCCACGACGUCUUGCUCUUCGAUACGGGGCACCAGGCGUACGUGCACAAGAUGCUCACGGGCCGGGCUGAUCAUUUCGAGUCGCUGCGCGAGACUGGCGGCCUCUCCGGCUAUCCGUCGCAGACCGAGAGCGCCCACGACUGGAUCGAGAACAGUCACGCGUCCACUGCCAUGAGCUACGCCCAUGGGUUGGCCACCGCAUUCAUGCACGACGAUGAGAACACUCGAAAAAUCGUUGCCGUCAUUGGCGAUGGUUCGAUGACCGGAGGCAUGGCAUUCGAAGGCCUCAACAAUCUUGGCCAUGGUGGCAGCGAUGUCACGAUUGUGCUCAACGACAAUGGCCGGUCGUAUGCCCCAACUGUUUCAAAGUUGGGGGAGAGCCUGGCCCGACUUCGGGUCAACCCAAGAUUCGUUCGGCAGCAGAGCCGAGUCGAGCGCAUCAUCGGCGACGUGCCAAUCGUGGGACGCGAGGUCGAACGUGCGCUCGAUGCAGCCAAGGCCGCAGUCCGAGAGAUGUGGGAGCCGACGUCCUUCUUCGAGAACCUCGGCGUGCGAUACACCGGCCCAUUCGAUGGCCACGACAUCGCAGGUCUCGAAGCUGCUCUCGCGAAUGCCGCCGAGAUCGAUGGCCCUGUUGUGGUCCAUGUCGUCACCCAAAAGGGUCGCGGCUAUGCGCCCGCCGAGAAUGAUCCGGUCAAACGCAUGCACGAUACGGGGCCGUUCGGUGCCACGACGUCGAGCGUAAGUGGCUCCUCUGCGCCACCUCGAGGCAAGUACACGGCGGCCUUUUCAGAGGCGCUCGUGAAAGCCGGCGAACGAGUCCCCGAACUCGUGGCGCUCACAGCUGCGAUGCCCGACAGCACUGGCCUGUUGCCCUUCGCCGAGAGGUUCCCGGACCGGGCCUUCGACGUUGGCAUUGCCGAGCAGCACGCCGUGACCUCUGCAGCGGGGAUGGCGAUGGGUGGGCUGCGCCCGGUCGUGGCCAUCUACAGCAGCUUCCUCACCCGGGCGAUCGAUCAGGUCAUGCUCGAUGUCGGCUUGCACAAACUGCCUGUGAUCUUCUGCGUCGACCGCUCAGGUGUUACUGGACCAGACGGGCCGUCAGGCCACGGCGUUGCCGACAUGGUGUUACUCACCAAGGUGCCCGGACUCACAAUGCUGGCGCCCUCGUCGUACCAAGAGGUGCAGGUCAUGCUCGACGACGCGCUCGAGCUGACCGACGGGCCAGUUGCGAUCCGAUGGCCCCGGACGACCGCUCGAAUGGUCACCGAGCACGAGGUAGGGUCUGGUCUAUCGGCUCGACAAAUCGCCGUUGGUACCGAUGUCUGCGUGUUGGCCGUUGGCAAGAUGGUCGAAGUCGCUGAGGCUGCCGUUGCCGAACUUCUCGCUUGUGGCGUUUCUGCCACGCUGUACGACGUGCGCUGUGUAAAACCGCUUGAUCCGGCCAUGCUGGCCGAUGCCGGUUCACAUCGGUUAGUGAUCACGAUCGAAGAUGGCCUUGCUGCGGGCGGGGCGGGCUCCAUGAUCGCCGCACAUCUCGGCGAGCUCGAUGCGCCGCCGAGGGUGCAGGUCAUGGGUCUGCCAGACAGCUACCUGCCACACGGAGAUCCCGACGAAUUGCUGGCCAUGGUCGGCCUCGACGCCCGCGGCAUCGUGGACGCAGUACAGCGCCUCCGCUGA